AUGCCGUCCUUCGCGGUCUCUGGCGUCUUCGUCGCCGUCGUGACGGUUGUCGCCUCCGCCUGCGCGUUUCUCUUCGCAAUGAUGCCAGUUCUUCCCCUCGCCUUUCUGCGCCUCACGGCGGGCUGCGUCCCCGCCGCCGUCAUGCGUGUCUGCACCGCCUGGUUCGACCGCGUGCAGGAGAAGUGGGUGGGGCUUGUGGUGCUGCUCCUCGAGUGCGUGCUGCGGCUGCGGCUGGCGUAUACAAUUGUGUCGCCGGCGACGACGGCCCCGUCGCAGCUCGCAGACGUCUUCGCGCCACCGCGGCCGGGAAAGUUUAAGCUCGUCCUCCUCAACCACCGCUCGCGCAUUGACUGGCUGGUGAUGUUUCCAUUUAUCGCCCGCGCGGGGGGACUGCGCACGCUUCGCAUUGUCCUGAAGGACGGGCUAAAGCGCAUUCCCGUCUUUGGAUGGUCGAUGCAGGUCUUCCGCUACAUCUUUCUUUCCCGCGACUGGGCCAACGAUGAGGCCACGCUGCGUGGCUUGAUUGCACACUACCGGGAAAGUGGUGGCGCCACCAUCAUGCUGUUCCCUGAGGGCACAGACCUCUCCGCGAGCAACAUUGCGAAGGCCAACGCCUACGCAGCGGAGCACGGCCUGCCAUGCUUCCACCACGUUCUUAACCCCCGUACCACGGGUUUUGUGGCAAUGGUAGAAAUGAUUGGGGCGGCAAACAUUGAGGAGAUUGUUGAUGUGACGAUGGGGUACACGGAUUUUGUGCCAGGAGAGCGCCCAGCCGAGGUUGCUAUCGUCAACGGUCGCAUGCCAAAGAAGGUCCACAUACUCUGCACGCGACACCGCAUGGCUGAGCAAACCGAGCCCGUGCAGGGGGAGAAGCCGGCGUUGGGCGCGGUGCCACCGGAUGACGCGGGCCUGCGACUUUGGCUGAGCGACCGCUUUGCGAAGAAAGAACUUUUACUCUCGCAGUUCUACGCCAACAAUCCGGUGGGGUUUGAGGCACACCACGUGCGUAGCGUCUACGGUGAGCAUUGUGCGGUUGCCACCUACGACGAGGAUGUGGAGGUCGCGUCUCACCCCGGCAGCACAAAAUUUUCGCGGUUUGUACGCGACAUGGGACUUUGGCACGGCUUCCUCGGCGUCCUGCUGCUGUGGUCGAUGCCCGUGCUGUAUUGGGUCUUCUGCAGCGGGCUGCGGACGCUGCUCGUCUGCGGCCUGCUCGCAAACCUGUGUGGCUGGGUCACCCGCGACAAGGGCGGGCUGGACGAGUGGCUGUUCCUGCCGCAGCAGCAGCGGCAGCGGCAGCGGCCGAAGGAGAAUCGCGGCCCCUCUAAGCGGGGGGACUGA